UCCUGACCUGCGGGGGGCAGCACUGAGCACUGAGCUGUCCACACAACCAGCAACGCUGUAGAGUAAGACGCAUGUAAACAAGAGAAUGUCGCAGAGACCAACCCAAGCUAGAGAAAUGAACGGUCAGACAGACGCUGAGGUCGACUACAAGCGGAAGUACAAAAACCUCAAACGAAAAUUAAAAUUCCUCGUUUAUGAGCAGGAAUGUUUCCAGGAGGAGUUGAGAAGAGCACAAAGGAAACUUUUGAAGGUUUCCAGAGACAAAAGCUUUCUUCUGGACAGAUUGCUCCAGUAUGAGAGGGUAGAUGAAGACUCCUCGGAUUCAGAUGCAACAGUUUCUUCAGAAAACAGUGAAGGGGAAGGACUAAGGGAGAGGGAAAGAGAACGAGACGUUGUAAAAAAGAGAAAAAGCAGCCCUGGAGCCUGCCUCUCCUCCUCCUCCUCAUCGCCUCAUCUCUCCCUGCUGUCUCGUCCCGGGGUCAACCCCCUUCAGCCGUCCUCUGCUGGAUCCUACCUCAACGCUAUGCCCUUCCCACCAGAGUAUUUGGCACCGCCCGCUGAGCGCAUGAAGAAAGAGAGAAAAACAAAGACGCCAAAAAACAAGAAAGAGGCCGCAGGGAAGGUUGUUGCUCCGAUGACAGCUAACUACACGUCGGCCUCCGGCGCUGCUCAGGCAGCCAGAAGCCCCUUCAGCUGGGUCCCCAAACAAAUGCUCAGCGGAGACGCGGCUGACGAGGAAGGCGAGAGCGACGGGGACAGCGACAGAGGAGACGAGGACAGAGGAGAGGGAGACGAGGCCGAGCUCGUCAUCGACCUCCCCAAUGAGUGAGAGCCUCUGGGAGCUGAGGCGGAGGAUAGAUGGGGGGCCUGUAUCUGUUUAUGCCGGGGUACAAGAAAGGACUUGAAUGUUUUUGUCGUGAAAGAUAGGCUCCCCCUGGUGGUUAUAAGGUUAACUGCAGCCAAAAUAAUCUGAAAUUUUUUUAUAAUAAAACCCUAAAACAGUGAUAGUUUUUAAUUCAGUUGUGGUUGUAUAGUUUCAGGAAUCGAUUCCUGUUUUUUUUUUUUUUUUUUUUUUUUUUUUUUUGUCACGUCUGCAGAUAAAAAUGUGCUUAUCUUUGUAAAACCAUUUUUUUUCUCUCUACCAUUGAAUGUGACAAACAUCAACCAUAAAAAUGAAAAAGAUUGCUGCAGCAUCUUUGAUAGACAAUGCACUUUUGAAUCCAACAGAAACUAAAGUGUUCGAGAUUAUCCUAAUUUUAUGCCCCAAACCUUUUUUUUUUUAUCAUUUUUUAUUAAGGGUUUUCCUGAUCAAGAUUUUCUUUUGCAUCAAAACUGAUCCAAGUCAUUUAACAAGAGGAUUUAAUGAUAACAAGUCACAGUCCAAUGGUAAUGCCAUUUAUUGACUUGAAUACACACAGCAUUUUUUACUGUUACAUGGAGUACCGUGGUAGUGUUACUCAUCGACGAUCCAGAUGUUGCAGGAUCUGCUUUUCUUGACAGGGACAGAUAUUUUGCCAUAAGAUGUUUUAGCAACUCAACCUCAAUCUGCUUCUCCAAUACGGGAUUAACCGGAAAACUAGCGUCCAGUUCUGACAUGGUGUCAGCUAAAACCUGCAUUGCAUUAAAAGGCUGCUUCAGUUUAUUUUGAAAUGUGGCUCUGAAGUUAUUACGGGUAAUAGUUCCCUUUCCUGUUGCAGAAAGAUGUCACAAGCUUGUUGAAAUUAUAAAUAAAUCUGUGGUGGAAGCUAACAGCUAAUCAGACGAGCAUCGUGCGAUUUAGCUGAUUAAAACAACUCGAACUGAAGAUGUCUAUAUCGGUGAGAUAGAACGCUAUGUUGGUAUAUAUAUAUAUAUAUAUAUAUAUAUAUAUAUAUAUAUAUAUAUAUAUAUAUAUAUAUUAACCCAAACAAGGUCUGAGUUUGAGCUCUCCAGGUCUAUCAAUCCUUUAGAUCAGCUGAGUUUGAGACCUGGAAAGCACAGGAACGUACUGUUCAUGAUGCUGCUGCACAGGUGGCAGUCUGAUGCACAGACCAAAAGUUCAAACCGUUCCUUUCAGAGCCAAAGGAGGCUGACGGACAACUGAUCUGGUAUUUUGUUGCAGCUGACCGACUUGACCAGCUUUGCUCCACGCGUCGUUUGGCUGAACAAAACUUAGCAUGGCCUGUUCUGAUAUUGUUGACAGUUAAUUGACUUCUGUUGCACUGAUAUGAACAUGUUCAGUGUGAGCUCACCUGUUAUAGCUUGCUAAAAGCAGCAGCAUACAUCUAACCGACUAUGAGCUGUAACCGCUCCAAAACGUCUUUACGUUCAUCCUCGUAGGACAUGCUUCUGCUCCAGGUAAGGAAAGUAUUGCCGUUAUAAUCUACCGUUGGCAGGUAUCUACAUCAAAAUGUCCAUUUCCUCUGAUAUUUGACUUGCUGAUCAUGAGCCAUCCAAGGGGAUAUUGUAUUAUUUCAAUCACCGACUGCUUGCUUGGUGGAUAAAUACCUUUUUGGCCAAGUU